AAUUACUUUUAGAAACGAACAAAAUGCCAUCUCUUUUGGAAAAGGCAAACAACGACGAUUUCCUUGUAGGUUGUACACAAAAUAAAAACGCAGUCAAACAGGCAAAGAUGCUAAAGUGACGGACACCAUGACCAUGCUCAUCAUCGCCUCCACAACUAGUAGUACUAGCACUAGGGCCUUCACAUUCGCAUUCAAAUACUCUCUUUCUUCGUCUCUCGCAUUCAAAAUAAAGACCCACUUCCACAUUAUACACUCUAAACCCAGAAUAACCCUCUUCCUCCUCAGACCCAUGUCAAGCUCAGCCUCUCGCUCUCCUGCCAAUGGGUCUGUUACAUUGCAGGAGUGGCAGGCCUGGGGCACCAACUCUCCUUUGCCAACUAUGGUCACCGAUAUCGUUGACCAAAUGAAGGCUUUGGAGAUAGAUAUUGACGCCCACAUGACCUUUGGUGGUAGCGGUGGCAAGCUCCAGGGCGAUUUUAAGGUUCAAGAGGACAAAAAGCACCGAGCAACAUAUCAGGCUUUAGGAGAUUCUGAAAAAAAGCUUCAAUUUUUUUCAGCUCGACAAAUAGCAUGUCGCUUGCUUGGGAGUAGGGGUUACCUUUGUCAGAAGUGCUGGCUUCCAUUUGAAGACUGUAUGUGUUCUAGAGUCAUGCCCUGCAGUCUAUGGCGUGGAAUGCGGUUCUGGUUGUAUAUGCAUCCAAAGGAUUUCCUUCGCCAGAACAACACUGGAAAGUUGUUAUGGCAAGUAUUUGGUGUUGAAGCUGCAACGUUGUGCCUCUUUGGCAUUACUGAACAGGAAGAAAUCAUGUGGAACACUUUCAAACAUGCAGGAAAAAAUAAUGUUUGGUGCCUUUAUCCCAACAAGAAUGCCACAUCAAAAUCUGUUCAGGAAGCCUUUGGUCAAGAAUCUUCAGCAGAUCAGAAAUGCACACAAUUGAUGACAAAUGGAGAUAAAACUCUGAAUUUCAUUCUAAUUGAUGGUACCUGGAGCAAUUCAAAUGCAAUGUUCAGCCGUCUUAAGGAACAUGCAAAGUCAAUUUGGGGAGCAGAAGACCUUCCUUGUAUUUCUCUGGCUACUGGAGCGUCUGCUAUGCAUAAGCUUCGGCCCCAACCAUCUUGGGAUCGUACUUGUACAGCUGCAGCAGCCAUUGGCCUCCUCUCUGAGCUGCAACUUCUCCCAGAGUUUACAUCCUAUGGAUUGGAUAAACGAGCUGAAGCAGUAGAAGAUGCUUUAGUGGCAUUAUUAGAAGCACUCACCACUAGGCGUCUUCGAAUGGGCAGGUCCAUCACACGUAAAGUAAGACACAGCAGAGAUAUCUGUUAACCAACUAGGCAAGAAUGAGAUUGAUAGCAGCCAUACUGAUCACUUUGUUGUGGUGUUGGUGCAACCAUGGCUUUGAUGUUGAAGGAACUCUUUGUGAUUGCUCCGAAGGGGAUUGUUUUCUGGUAGUGCACACUAAUUGGCAUCAAGUCCUAUUACCAAGUCUGUCAGACUCCCUAAGAUGAUGGUGCACACUAAUUGACCAGUGAUGCUCACAUCACGUAUAAAUUAAAUUCCAUUCAAAC